AUGCAAAUCGAUCAGGAUAUCGUGAAAACUGAGUGUUAUUCGAAGGAUGGAAAAAUCGUCGAUCAAUGGCUGCAUACACAGAUUUAUGAAGGGAAUCCAAGCACUGUUGAGGUGGACAAAUCACUUGGAAACGGGACAAAUUUCCGUCCCGAUAUCGUGAUGAUCGUUCUCGAUUCGGUUUCUUCGACACAAGCCAGACGCUCAUUACCGCGAACAUUGAGUUAUUUGGAGACACAAAUGGGCGGAAUGCACUUUCAUCAUUUGAAUAAAGUCGGCGAGAACACAAGCCCGAAUGCUUAUGCGAUGUUGUUAGGCUGGCGAAUCUAUUCGGCGAAUCGAAAAGCGGUGAACGCGAAAGAUCUCAGGCCGGAUCACGAUAAGAUUUGCUCGGGAUGGAGGGACAAAGAUCCGGUCAUAUUUCGAGAAUACGAGAAAAUCGGUAUCCCAAAAUUCUUGCUGCAUUGGAGUUGUGAGGCGUCUCAUGAUCUCCCCAAUCCUCUCUAUCACACCGAUCAGGAUUACUUGAAUUUCUUUCAAAAGAAUAAAGCCAUUUUGGACAAUGCUUUUCUUUUUGUGAUGGGCGAUCACGGGCCACGAUUUGGGACGCCAUCAAAAGCCGAGUUGAAUAAACGAGAGAUCAACAAUCCACUCUUGCACAUUUCUCUACCAAAAUUUCUGCGAAAUCAUACACAACUAAUAAAGAAUCUGCAAGAGAACUCCAUUCGUUUACUGACACAAUUCGACGUUCAUGCGACUCUUGUUGAUCUUUUAAAGGUUCGU